UCUAACUUUGAAACACCCAAAUUUUACAAUGAUCUACAACUAUGAUUUCUUUCGAAAUUACUAACUCAUUUGUCGUGUUGUCGUUUUGUGAUACGAACGAAGAAUGAACUUCAACUAUCUACUUGCAGUCAGACUCAACUCCGGCAAGGAAGAAUAACGCCGGCCGGUGAUGACAAGGAAGAAUCAAUGGCGGCGAGUUCCAAGAUCUGUCUUUUAUUUUAGUUUAGGGUCGGGAUCUUUCGUAUUAGAUUGAAAAUAAAAAGAAGAUGAGAAAGAAACUGGUGGUUGAUUUUAGGGGAACGAUAGAAAGAGCUUCCCGCGGCAACUCCAGCUCCGCUCAAGAGCGCGUUUUGAAUUCAGGUCGCUUCCACCAAAGUCGACACUCCGCGUCGGAUUCGAUCCAAGGUCAUCGACUAGUAGCAAGAAUCCAGCGGUGCCGGGGACCCGACGACGAUAUCAUCGAGCGCCGCUCUUCCCCUACAGAUAUCUUUCCCGGCGCGAUCCUUCCCCUGCAUAUCUCCUACUCGAAAUCCUCUCAUAAUCGCCGCCGGCCUUUGCCAAAACCCUCGGAGAGUAAUGAAUUUGUCUGUGCAGGGAAGAAGAAUUUAGGCCGAUGCAUGUUUGAAUUCUGGGUUUCUGGGAACAAGGGCGAAGCCCGUGCAGCGGCGUUGAUAAAUACCCGACCUAAUUUCCUCAAUCCCGUCCCUCACCCUCAUCAACGUCCCUUUCAAUUACUUCUGCGGCCAAAUAACCUAUAGCUUUAUUGGCGUUGUCUCUUGUACAAGUAUUGACUCAUCGACAACCAUCUCGAAGGCCAAAUCGCAAUCGCUUGCCUAGUUGAUUGCACUCGCUUAUCUCUCCGACAACUACCCGGAGAAGAUGAUCCCUCUUGUGUCUCAUCCCCAUCCGCGGUGUCUCUUCCUUGCAGAGCCUUCUUCCUGGGGGAGAUUGAUCUCAGGUUCUAACGACGAAGACGGAGGAGAAAGGUAGAUGGAGAACAAAGAUGGAAAAUGAAAAGAGGCAAGACCGAAGGAGAUUAAUGGUCUGUGGGUGUGAUAGUGUGAGCUGUCAGCUGUGAAGUCUCUAUCGGAUAAGAAAAUGAAUAUAAAGUU